AUGGCCAUGCUGCUGAGGUUGAUGGCGAUGAGUGGACCCGGAGACGGCGAUUGGGAUAGCGCCUCUGGUUCGGACUCCGAGGCAACAUCGAGAUUGAACUUAUCUGAUGUCAAGAUCACUCCCUCCGCCAUUGCUGGCUGGAGGCUUGAUGGCCAUGCUGCUGAGAUAGAUUACUCCUUCCAUUAUGUUCUCCGGUUAUGUAAUGCAGUACGUCACCUGAAGUCUAGCUGGAAGUAUAAAUAUAAGAGUGGCGAUAUAUGUCAAUCGAUCAGAACUGAAGCAGCAAACUUGACUCAACCUUAUACGUCCAUAACCGCAGUUUCUGAAUUAGCAGAUUUACAAGCUGAAAUGGCUGCCGAGAAGAAAACGAGCACUCAUCAUAAAGCAUUCGGUUGGGCUGCCCGAGACAAUUCCGGCAUCCUCUCCCCCUUCAACUUCACCAGAAGAGGCACUGGUGAAUCCGAUGUCCGAAUAAAAAUACUCUAUUGUGGAAUCUGUCACGGUGAUCUCCAUCAGUCAAAGCAAGAUAUCGACUUCCCCGUCACCUAUCCUCUCAUUCCAGGGCAUGAGAUCAUCGGCGAGAUGGUGGAAGCAGGAGACAAGGUGAAAAAGUUUAAGGCCGGAGAUAAAGCUGGAGUGGGCUGCUUCGUUCGAAUUUGCGGCGACUGUGAGCAAUGCAAAGAGAGCCUUGAAAGCUACUGUCACAGGGCGGUGAUGACCUACAAUGCCACCGACUAUGAUGGCUCGCCCACCUACGGCGGCUACUCCGAUACCAUCGUCGUUGAUGAGCGCUAUGUCUUCCGCAUCCCCGAUCGACUCCCACUCCACUCUACUGCACCGUUGCUCUGUGCCGGCAUCACUGUUUAUAGCCCAAUGCGCUACUUCGGCCUCGAUCAAUCGGGGCUUCAUGUUGGCGUUGUUGGGCUCGGUGGUCUCGGCCAUAUGGCUGUUAAGUUUGCAAAAGCUAUGAAGAUGAAAGUUAUGGUCAUCAGCACCUCACCACACAAACAAAAGGAGGCAAUAGAAAUCUUAGGAGCUGAUCAAUUUCUUCUCAGCACUAAUGAACAACAAAUCAAGGCGGCUGCUGGUAGUUUGGAUGGGAUUAUUGAUACAGUAUCUGCAUAUCACCUAAUAGAACCAUUAUUAGGGCUUUUGAAGGCGCAUGGUAAAUUAGUAGUGCUUGGAGCAUCAAAGGAGCAACUGCAAGUUCCUUCCAUUCCUCUUCUUUUGGGAAGAAAGAUGAAAAGAUAG